UUUCCUAUUUCCUCCGUUGACUAGGAACGCAACAUUGCUAUCAGCAUUUAGCUUCUUGUUGUCGUGAAGUAGCUAGCUAGCCAACUAUGCUAACCUGUUACUGACGUCUGUUUUCAGAUUAAUAACCAUAAUAAUUAUGUCUUUUAAACGAGAGGGCGAUGACAAGAGUCAGUUGAACAUCCUGAAGAAACGGCGCGUGGCAGAUCUUUUGUCUCAUUAUAUUCCAGAAGAUGAAGCAGCUCUUAUGAAAAAUGGAAGAUACACGUGCCUUGUGUGCUCCUACCGUCCUGUGUUUGAUACAGUUGAUACGUUGACAGUCCACAGAAACGGAAAGAAGCAUCUAGAAGGAUUAAAAGCAUUCUAUGGUAAGAAAGCACGGUUGAAGAAUGAAAUGACAAAAAGGCACCACGAAAACUAUGUCCAGACUGAAGACUCAAAACAGAAGCCCUCGUGUUCAGCCCCUUUACUGGCCCAAACACGGAAGCUGACACAUCACGCCUUAUUGAAGACUGUACCAUACAACAGCUGCCAUAUUAAAACCAGUACAAAUCCUGGAGAAGGAGCCCUGAGAAUCAGCUCAGAUUCCAGUGAAAACUCUUUCAGCAAAACAGCAUCCGGACAAAAAAAGGCAUGCCGGAAAACUGAUGUUUCAAACAGUUCAUCACAGAGCACAUUAGGUGGCUGCACAGCAGCCAGUGAGGGGUCACAUGCAGACAUUAAGGUCGAGGCAGUGACACAGGAGGUAGAACCCAUGACAGCGCAGAGGAGGAGAGAGCUGGAGCACUACCUCAAACUGAAAAGUGACGGGUGGUUGCCAGACCGAAGCGGCCAGUGGGUGAGGGACGAGAAUGUGGAGUUUGAUUCAGAUGAGGAGGAGCCUACUUCAUUGGGCCCUCAACCUCCAAGUCACUAAGACAACUUAGAACUGUGGAAAAACACAGAUGAACUUGUUCCACAUUGGUACAUUCAGAGAACUCACGCUGUUUGGAUCGGCCGGAGCACCACCUGCAAGGACUUCAUUAAAGAGUUAUUGUGCUAUUCAUCAACCUUCCAUUGAGUUCCAUGGUCUUUCUGUGCUCAUUCCACAGUACAUAUGUACUCUCAAAUCCCUGCUGGUCACCAGUGAUCAUCAGCUGCAGCUUUUGAUGCUUUUAUUUUACCAGGAAACUCACAAUUUAAGAAUGUGUAAUUUCCACUUGCAAAUAAUUUAAGAAAAAAAAAGCCCUUUUGUUUUGUUUUAUAUUAAAUUCCUGUCACUCUUAAGUUGCUGACAAUGUUUGCUAGUGUUGUUGUCACUACAGUAACAUAAAGCUGAUUUUGAAUGAGAUUUCAGGAGAAUACAAUUUUGUG